AUGGACACAGUCGACUCCGGUAGUGCAUCGGAGGUCGAGGACCAGUCGAAGACUUGGGGCUCGGACGCGCAUAUCCCAGCGGUUCAAGACACGCACACUUCGGCGCUGACGUAUCCGCGAAGUGACUGUGGUAUCGGUCACCGUGUGUUAGCCAGCCGGUCGGUACUGGCCCUCGUCAUUGACGAGGAGUGUGUGUUUGCAGGUCUGCAGGGUGGUGACAUUGUUGCCUGGUCAUUGGACACGUAUGAGCUGAUCCUCUCGGUCCACGCACACGAAGAAAGUGUGCUCGGUCUGUAUUUGUCCGAGGAUGGCAACUAUCUCUUCUCCAGCGGUGGAGAUUCGGUCGUGAAUGUAUGGUCGACGAGGACCUUUGAGCGACUCUAUUCAAUCUACUCCCACCAUGACGUGGGCGACAUCUUUUCCGUAGUUUUUUCAUCUAACAAUGAGACGAUCUACUGCGGUGCCCAGAACACCAGUAUCCAGUGGUGCAACUUGUCAGAGGAAGGUUCACUGGAUAAAACUCCAGCAGCCCAUCCCUCAAAACGCACACACCGUUUCUUUGACUCCCGGGGGCCAGAUGGCACUCGCGCACCACGCUCAACAGAAGGCGCUAGCGCGGUCUCGGAAGGAGGUCGCGUGCUCACCUUCAAAAGAGAUCACCACAAGCUAUUUGCUCACCAUGGCUACAUCUACGCAAUGCUGCUAGUUAAGGGUCUGGUCGAGUCGGCCCCAACCGAGGAGGCAUUGUUGACCGGUGCAGGAGAUGGCGCGGUGAAGCUGUGGUGCCUGGGUCAGGAGCUGAACACUGCGCCGACCCAGAUAGCGAAAUUGCAAAAUGGUGACUCGGUGCUCUCAAUUGCGGUGGAGGGGUCCCUACUUUACUGUGGUCUGGCCGGUGGUGCUCUGAAUAUUUGGAAUCUCGAUUCGCAACAAUUGGUCAAACGCAUUGUCCAGCAUACGGGUGAUCUUUGGUCUGUGCACGUCAUUCAGGGCGUUGCCAUCUGUGGUGACUCUACCGGUACAGUCAAGAAAUUCAACUCCCGCUUCGAAGAGGUGGGUGGUUGGACUGCCCAUCAGGGUACGAUGCUGGCCUCGGCAGUUGGACGCGUCAAAGACCGGCAAAUUUAUGCUACUGGUGGCAAUGACAAUAGCGUUGGUAUCUGGGACUUGACAGAAUUCUUCCUUUCCCAGGAAGAAUUGCCCCCCAUCAGCAAUGAUGAAAUGGUGAACACACUUGCCAAGUUUGUCUCCUUCAAGACCAUCUCGGCCAGCCCCAAGUUCGCUGGGGAAUGCAAUCAGGGUGCUGCGUUCCUUCGUCGACACUGCAACUAUCUUGGUGCGAAGACCAAAUUGUUGACCACGGGCCAAGAUACAAACCCCAUUGUCUUUGCACGAUUUUCUGCAACGUCGCCGCAGCCUACGGACAAGACCAUCCUUUUCUACGGGCAUUACGAUAUCGUCGGAGCAGAUUUAAACCGCCCGAAGUGGAACUCAGAUCCAUAUCAACUCACCUCAAUCAACGGUUUCCUCUAUGGUCGUGGCGUUUCCGACAAUAAAGGACCUAUCCUGGCCUCAUUAUAUGCUGCAGCUGACCUGGCUCGUACCAAAUCACUCCCGUGCAAUGUUGUCUUCCUUAUCGAAGGAGAAGAAGAGUCUGGUUCGCAGGGCUUCCACCAAACGGUGCACGAACACAAGGCCGAGAUUGGACCUAUAGACUACGUCUUGCUGGCCAACAGUUACUGGCUGGAUGAUUCAAAUCCUUGCCUGACCUAUGGACUGCGCGGCGUUGUCCACGCCAAUCUCAUCGUCACGAGCGACCAUCCCGAUCUCCAUAGCGGUAUCGACGGAAGUUCGCUCCUAGACGAACCUGUCAAGGACCUCUCGAUGCUCGUGUCCACUCUCGUCGGACGCAAGGGCAAGAUCAAUCUGCCCGAUUUUCACGACGCCGUUCGCCCCCUGUCCGAGGCCGAACGCAAGCGCUUCGAAGCCAUUGCCGACGUCCUGCUCCCACAGCAUCCCGAGAUCUCCGAUCGUCAAGCUCUCAUCAAGUCGCUCAUGUACCGCUGGCGGGAGCCCUCCCUGACCGUGCACUCAAUGGAGGUCCCCGGCAACAAGAGCGGCACCACGACCAUCGCUCGCCGAGCCAAGGCAAGCCUAUCGAUCCGUAUCGUUCCAGAUCAACAAGCCGACGAAGUCGCCGCCACCCUGACGGCCUUUGCUCAGGAGCAAUUCGAUCUCCUCGAAUCUCAAAACGAUCUGACCGUGGAAAUCACCGGUAAGUCAGACGCCUGGCUUGGAGACCCCGACAACCAGAUCUUUGCCACGCUCUCCGAGGCGAUCAGCACCGCGUGGAGUCCAGACCAUCUUCAGAAAUCCAAACAUCAAUAUCCUAUCCCUCGUCUCGACUCCGGCCUCUCUGCGUCGACAGGCGCUACCGCCAAUCCCGGCACAGACGCACACGCAAACACCGACACUACCGGCAACUCGGACUCCUCCAACUGCCCAAUCCAUCUCCCCCGUCAAAAGUCCUCCGAUAGUCUCGCCUCCCACGUUGACCGCGUAAUCCUCUCAUCAACAACAACAUCCGGCAAAGCCGCUGCCCGCAAACGCUCCUCGCAAAGCACAGCCCCCGUUCCAACAUCCAACACCCUCGCCAAAUCCGCAUCCACACACUCAACCGAGUCCGCAAACCCACUACCCUUACCACCCCCGUCCCGAACCCUCUUCGAAGCACUCUCGUCGCAGGACACUCCCUCGACCCUGAACCCCAACCAAGGACCGCCAUCAACCCCACUCCAACCCUCAACAUCCAUAUCCCAAUCCCAAUCGACAUCAAAAUCACCACCAACAUCAGUAACACCCCCUAUUAAACCAAUCUUCAUCCGCGAAGGAGGCUCCAUCCCCACCAUCCGCUUCCUCGAAAAAGAAUUCGGUGCGCCUGCAGCCAAUCUGCCCUGCGGCCAGGCGAGUGAUAACGCGCAUUUGGACAAUGAGCGAAUGAGAGUGGAGAAUUUGUUUAAGAGUCGUGAGAUUUUCAGAUACGUGUUUGGAAAUUUGACGUGA